AACAGAGGGAUUUGGGAUUUGGGAGUGCAUGUUCCUUAAAAUUGGCGUCACAAGUAGAUAGGGUGGUCAAAACGCCAUUUGGCAUGUUGGCCUUUAUCUGUCUUUAUUGAGUUUAGAAGUUGGGAGGUCAUGUUGCAGUUAUAUAAGAUGUUGGUGAGGCCACAUUUAGUGUAUUGUGUUCAGUUUUGGGCACCAUAUUAUAGGAAUGAUGUUGCAAAGGGUGCAGAGAAGAUUUACGAGGAUGUUGCCAGUACUUGAGGGCCUGAGCUAUAGGGAGAGGUUGAGCAGGCUAGAACUCUUCCUUGGAGCACAGGAAGAUGAGGGGUGAUCUUAUAUAGGUGUAAACCAUGGGACAUGCAACAUCUCUGAAGAGAAGUCUGAAGAAGGGUCUCGACCCGAAACAUCACCCAUUCCUUCUCUUACCCCUGCUUCUUAUUUAUGAAUAAGGAGUAAGCCAUUUAGAACGGAGAUGAGGAAAUACUUUUUCACACAGAGAGUUGUGAGUCUGUGGAAUUCUCAGCCUCAGAGGGCGAUGGAGGGCGGUGGAGGCCGGUUCUCUGGAUACUUUCAAGAGAGAGCUAGAUAGGGCUCUUGAAGAUAGAGGAGUCAGGGGAUAUGGGGAGAAGGCAGGAACGGGGUACUGAUUGUGGAUGAUCAGCCAUGAUCACAUUGAAUGGCAGUAAUGGUUUGAAGGGCCGAAUGGCCUACUCCUGCACCUAUUGUCUAUUGUCUCCAGAGAUGCUGCCUGUCCCGCUGAGUUACUCCAACAUUUUGUGUCUACCUUCGAUUUAAACCAGGAUCUGCAGUUCUUUCCUACAAUAUAUAUUAGUUUACACCGAAGAUAGUUACUACUCAGCGAGACAGGCAACAUCUCUGGGUGGAAGGAAUGGGUCGAGACUAUGUUGCGUUGCUUGGAUUUAGUUAAUUGGUCUUGGAUUGAAGGUUGAAGUUCGGCAGGCGCUAGGACCCAGCGGCGCACCGAGUGCGGCGUCUAUAGACUGACUGCUCAAGCCGUCGCUGAAUCCGCAGCGUGUGCACAUGGACUCGGCGCCGGGACGGAGAGGCAGCUUCAGCACCACGGUCAGCGCCCGCAUCCUCGCAACGCCAGCUACUCGCCUCAGCCCAACGACUCUACAUUCAACCUGUGCCUUCCGCCACCUUCUCUUCACACCAUUGCAUUAACUGCAACGCCAAAGGAGGAGAGGUGGAGCGAGACGAAAUAUUACAAAAAUGCUGAUUGCAUUACUCCGAGGAUAGAACCACCACUGUUACAUUCAACCCCAAUGAAAUCCAGAUGUGCCAUCGACUGCAAAAGAUAAAUGCCUCGUGUUGAUGCGCCGGUUGCAUGCUAAAAUAGUUGGUUAUUUACAAUAACCGAGAAGUAGAUCUACGAGAAAUUGCUGGAUCAGACUGCAAGUGGAUUAAAAGAUUCCAUGGAUGCAAAUGGUGUGAAACUAAUGUCUACAUGGUAAUAUAAGCAAGAAGAUUAAUGGGUUGGAUCGGAGAGGCCAUAUUACGUCUUUUCAAGUCGUGACUAAUGGAUAAUAAAAACUAACGCACAUCAUAAUUUGGAGGUAAUUAAGCCACUUCGAAACUAGCUGAUCAGAAAUAUGCCAGUUUCCUAAUGGGUUGAGGUUGAUGGCUAGCCAAGACUUCCAUGGUUAGAAAGAAACAGAAUCUGCCAACCACUAAGCACACACUACUAUCCCCAAGGAGAAUGGAUGAUGGACUAGGAAGAACGGCUUUAGGAUUUCCAUCCUUCCAUCACAUUACCUAUCCAUGGCUGCUCCAGUUUCUGUGGAAUGGGAAUGGAAUACUUCCACUCCAGAACGACAGCAAAGAAUUUCUCCUACGUCGAUGUUCUACAAUAAUAGUCUGGCGUCUACAGACAGGGAUCUUGUUUCACAAUCUAUUGGCCUCUUCUUGAUGCUACUUGUUGACUUAGUUGGGAUCAUUGGAAAUGUUGCCGUGAUGCUUGUAAUUAUCAAGACUCCAUUAUUCAAAAAAUUUGUCUUUGUUUUCCAUCUAUGUUUAGUGGACCUGACAGCUGUCUUAAUCCUAAUGCCGUUAGGGAUGGUAUCCAGCUCUGCUCUGUUUGAUGACAUAGAGUUCAGUGACACCUUGUGUCAGAUAUAUCUAUUCCUAAGCAUGUUAUUCAUUAGUGCAUCUAUAUUAUCUAUCCUGGCCAUUAAUGUCGAACGAUACUACUAUAUAGUACAUCCGAUGAGAUAUGAAGUAAGAAUGACACUAAAGCUGGUGAUGUCUGUCAUUAUAUGCGUGUGGAUCAAAGCCAUCUUAAUGUCAAUAAUUUCAAUUUUGGGCUGGAAUUCCCAAGGCCGUGUGAACAAUCAGUGUUCCUUGCAAUGGGAUGGAGAGAUGUACAGAAAGGUCUUCAUAUCUUUCUUUGGCCUGUUUUAUUUUUUGUUCCCGGUCUUAAUUAUUCUGAUAGUCUACUGCAACAUGUUCAAGGUGGCCAGGGUGGCAGCAAUGCAACACAGACCAUUGCCCACAUGGAUGGAUACACCACGGCAGAGGUCAGAGUCACUCAGCAGUAGGUCCACCAUGGUCACCAGCUCUGGAGCACCAAGAGGAUCUCCACAAAGGACAUUUGGAGGGGGAAAGGCAGCCGGCAUCCUCAUCCUGGUUGGGGGCCAGUUUGUGUUUUGCUGGCUGCCAUUUUUUGCUUUCCACUUGCAUUCUGCUAUGACCCCAAAUUCAAUCAGGCCGAACCUCUGGGAAACAGUUGUUACAUGGGUCGGAUAUACCUCCUUUAGUAUUAAUCCCUUCUUUUACGGAUGCCUCAAUCGACAGAUCCGAGGGGAACUCAGCAAACGCCUCACCUGUUUCUUUAAACAGACGAUGGAAGAGGAUCUCCGGCUACCCAGCCGAGAAGGGUCUAUUGAGGAGAAUUUCAUGCAAUUUCUGCAGAGGACAGGUUGCAACACAGAAACUAGGUCCAGCUACGAUGCUUCCAGUCCAAAGUUAGACCAGUCAGUCCUGGGUUUCAGGAUACCUGGUCAGAUUGCGGAAGAAACAUCAGAAUUCCUUGAACAGCACAUAGCCACUGACUUUACGAUGUCCAAUAGCUGUAUUAGAAUGAGCAGGUCACCGAAACACGAAGCUUAACGUAUGCGAGGAAAGUUAACCAAAUCAUUUAAAGUGAUAUUGCUCAACCUCUCAUGAUUGUUUCCAGAAAUAAUCCGAACCAAUGGGAAGCCAUGUAUUUUACUGUCUUUGUUUUGAUAUUCUUUGUCUUAUUUGAUUGAGAUUUCAAAUUUCAUUUCAAUUUCUAAUUCUUGCCAACAGGGAUAAAAAAAAACUAUCACAUUUGAAUAGGUUUUCUAUAAUAUGCCUCAGACUCAUUGUAAAAAUAUGUUGAUACAAGAAAAUGCAAAUGCUGGUUUACAAAAAAAGACACCAAGUGCUGGAGUAACUCAGCGGGUGAGGCAGUAACCCUGGAUGGAGAGCAUGGAUAGGCGACGUUUCGGGUGAGGACCCUUCUCCAGACAUCAGUAGCUUUCCUCAUUCUCUGCAAAUGUUGAGAUUGAUUCUGCAUUAAGUUGGCUGCUGAUAAUGUAAUCUAUCCCUCAGUGAAGAGAAGGGGCAAUUUCAGACUGCAGAGUUAGUACAACUUGCAUUGUUACAAAGCCUUUAAUGUAAUAAAACACCCCUGAGCACUUUGCAGUUUUUCAAACGAACAGGCCACAUUAACAUCAAGCCACACACAUAUAUUGAAAUAGGUGACAAAAGCUUGGCCAAAAAGGUCUGUUCUAAGGAGCAUCUUUAAGGAGGCAAGGAAGGGAAGUAAAAGAGGGAAUUGCAAAUCUCAGAGCAAAUGAUGACGUGUUAAUGUCCAGGAUGCAUAGAAACCUCACGUUGGGGAAUUGCAAAGGGUUGCAGAAGGUUAAAGGACAAAGAACAGGCAAGGCAUGAUAAAAUUUGAGUGAAAGAUUAAGAAUGUUAAAAUAGAGGCAUUGUUAGAUUGGGGGAUAUUGUUGGUCAGUAAGCACGUGGGUGAGUUCCAGGACAGGCAGCACUUUGUAAGUGUUCAAGCUUGUAAUGUGUGAAAUAUGAAAAGCUGGAAUGAUUGCUCUUUUUGCAUUCACUCUUCUCCACAUAUUACAAUUUGCAGCAAACUUAAAAGGAAUAUCCACACCUUUCAGAGUGCAACACCUCUCCUUUGUAUCAAUCUCCUUUGGAAACUAGUUAAAUUGAAAGAUCUGGGUGAAAAGACGGAGGUCUGCUGUUUGAUGUGCUGCAAGGGGAUUUGUAAAUGGUCAACGAUAAAACAAAGAACAAAUGGUUAAAUGAUUUCAAACUUUUUUUUGGAGUCUCCUAUUUGCAGCAGAAGAACUGAAGAAAUCCACAGAUCUCCGAGAACUGAAAAUGAAACAGUCGGAGCAAGACCUACACCACAUUGUGGGUCUCAGAAAUUGGACUCCAAUCGUCUGCUUCAAGUUCAUGCUUGCUCAGCCUGAGGUUUAGAAAUUAAGGUUUAAUCAUGUUUGAAGAAAUCCAGGAUAAGAUGAUGUUGUUAUUUAUUCCGAAAUAAUAGACCAUGGUGAUACAACGUUAUGGUGUUGUUUUCUUAUUGCUGACGAUAUUUAAUAAGAGCCUUGUAUGAAAGUGAACUUUCUCUGUAUCAAAGACAAUAUUGGACAAUGAAUAAUUUUCUUGAUGAAAGUAUUCAGCGGCUUUUGAUGACUUGAUGUUGUUGUUUGUGUGACAGCUGUACUUUCCAGCACAUGACAUCGCCUACCAGAUCCUUCUGCCAAGGUCCAGAAAAUCAACAACUCCCAUCUCCCCAGUGCCAUUUUCUCCAACUGAGGUGAAAAACAACAUUUCCCAGCUGAAUCAGCUGAUCUCAGGGGUACAGCAUUAAAAUAGCUACAGUUUCUUAAAGUGGCCCUGGGUAGGAGAGACGCAAAAUGAGCCAGGGUAUUUAGUCCGAAGUGGUAUUCGAUAUCCACCAGCACCAUCUCCGAUUAUUCCACGACCUACAGCUACCACAAACACCCCACCCUACGCUACCAGCUCCUGCCUUCUAUCUAUGUGUGUGUGUGUGUGUGUGUGGCCACACCAGGGGAGGACAGGAUAGAUUCGAUUGUGCAGCCCUCUUGCCACUUUUCAGUUAGCGGACUGGAUCUUGGGUGAAACAUUCGUCAUACAAUUGCAAUGUGCUCCGUUACUGAAAAUUAGGUCAUUGAGCAAUAUUGCACAUAUUUCUGGCUGCCUCAUAGCAAUUUGUGAUAACCUGCCUCAAGUGAAUGGAUCUCAGAUCUCAUGUUAAUUGUCAUAUACACGGUUGCAAUGAAAUUCCUUGUCCAUUUGUAAACAGUAUAUGUAGACCAAGGGUAGAUACCACAACAAAUACACCAGUUAGUGUAAAAUCAGCAGAAGGGUUCAAGAUCGUAGUGCACUAUAACAAUAUGAAGGAUCUUCUAAAGGAAACACAUUCAGGAACUCAGGAGCCUCUCCAGAUACCCCUGAGAGCAUUCACCCACUUCAUGCUGUGUCCAUUCAUUCAGUGUGUGCAUUCCCCUGUAACUUGGCAAAUCUUGCUUGUAUUGUAAAAUGUACAGGAUAAGGCCCCUCGGCCCAUCUCAACCCAUGCCGGCCAUGAUGCCCCAUAUAAACUAGUUCAAUUUGACCACAUUUGGUGCAUAUCCCUCUAAACCUUUCCUAUAUAUGUAUCUGUCCAAGUUCGCUCGUGUGUCAGGCGACGUGUAGCUCGCUGUCGGCUUCUGUCGUCGUCCAACAUGUUGAGAGAAUUGGUCGCCCGGCGCGUCACGGAGUGCAUCGUGUCGACGUUCCGGGGAUUGCCACGAGGAGACUUCUGUCAUGAUCCCCUCUGUCCAAGUGUCUUUUAAAUACUGUUACAAUACCUACUUCAACUACCUCCUCCAGCAGCUUCUUCCAUAUACCCACCACCCUUUUAAGAACUACAGUAGAUACAAAAAAUGACAGCUCAUUCACGUCAUGCUGAAAAUUGUGCAAAAUUGCCCUUUAUCAGGGAACACUGCCUGAAGAAUGAUCAGGUGAGUUUCAGUGCAGCAGGAAACCUUGACAAUGUUAUUUCCAUCAAAUUUGUAACUGACCAUCUUACUAUUUAUUUAACUUCCACAAAGAGCAUUCAGGUGACCUACAAUGUUACUUAACCGUCAAACAAACUAUAAUAGCGGGGACAUUUGUAGGCUCAACAUUCAUUGCUUCAAUUGUAGGAUGAUGGGAACUUGAAGGAGCUUUCUUCCCAUCAAAUAUUUCUAAUGGUACAUAGAAACAUAGAAAAUAGGUGCAGGAGUAGGUCAUUCGGCCCUUCGAGCCAGCACCGCCAUUCAAUAUGAUCAUGACCGAUCAUCCAAAAUCAGUACCCCGUUCCUGCUUUCUCCCCAUAUCUCUUGAUUCCUUUAGCCCUAAGAGCUAUAUCUAACACUCUCGCCAAACAUGACGGCUCUGUGUGUUCCAGAUUUGUUUCCAUUGGCCUCCACCUAGCAAUAAGUUGCCAACCUCAGGUCUACUGUUUUCAAUUGAGCCCCUGUUCAAUUGAGUUUUUUCUCUUCAAGCAUGUGUCAUAUUUUAUUUUGAGAAGUUGAUUUAAUCUGCUUCCACUACCCUUUCAGGCAAUGCAUUUCAGAUCACAGCAACUCACUGUGCACUGCUGGCUUUCAACAACCACCUACAAUCAGUCUUCCCUGCUUACUAAUGUCACUGGCAACAGUUUUUCUUUAUUUUUUUCUCUUUGUGAUUUUUGAGCACCUCCGGGUUAACCUUCUCUGCCCUAAGAUUCCCUGGUGCUGAUGUUACCCCUGGAUGUAUAUAUGGGCUGGCAGUUUUAAGAAUGGGCACUUGGAUUAGUUCAGGAUGAAGCUGUUACGGGGAACACUCAGCAUAUGUAGCCAAAAUGAUUCAAAACGGACACCUGCCUCACUAUUAGCCUGCAUCCCCCUCCUCACUAAUCAAAUGGCAUCUUACCAAUAGAGAGGGAUUUUAGUUUAAUGUAGUUUAGAGAUACAGCACGGAAACAGGCUCUUCAGCCUACUGAAUCCGCAACAACCAGUGAUCCUCGCACAUGGAGACCACCCCACACACACACACACUAGGGACAGUUUUACAUUUACACCAAGCAAUUAACCGACAAACCUGUAUGCCUUUGGAGUGUGGGAGGAAACCGAAGAUCUCAGAGAACACCCACACAGGUCAGGUGGGGGAACGUACAAACUAUGUACAGACAGCACCCGUAGUCAGGAUCGAACCCUGGUCUCUGGCUCUGUAAGGCAGUAGCUCUACCCCUACGUCACAGUGCCGCCCAUAUUAAAGGGAUCUUGUAUCUGUCAAAUCUGGGUCACGCAACAGUCACCCACACUGAGCCACAUUCUACAGUUUUACAUACAUUUUUCCAUUUUUACUAACAAUUUAGAUCCAAAAUCAGACCUUGCAACAUGAUUUCUUUGUCCAUUCGGAGAAGGAUUCUGAUCUCUCUGCAAACCCCAGCGAGAUGGAUUUUUUGAAGAUGUUACACGGGAAAUUGAUGAGGGUAACGCAGUGGAUGUUGUGUAUAUGGACUUCAGUAAGGCCUUUGACAAGAUUCCUCAUGCAAGGUUGGUUAAGAAGGUUCAAUGGUUGGGUAUUAAUGGUGGAGUAGCAAGAUGGAUUCAACAGUGGCUGAAUGGGAGAUGCCAGAGAGUAAUGGUGGAUGGUUGUUUGUCAGGUUGGAGGCCAGUGACGAGUGGGGUGCCACAGGGAUCUGUGUUGGGUCCACUGUUGUUUGUCAUGUACAUCAAUGAUCUGGAUGAUGGUGUGGUAAAUUGGAUUAGUAAGUAUGCAGAUGAUACUAAGAUAGGUGGGGUUGCGGGUAAUGAAGUAGAGUUUCAAAGUCUACAGAGAGAUUUAUGCCAGUUGGAAGAGUGGGCUGAAAGAUGGCAGAUGGAGUUUAAUGCUGAUAAGUGUGAGGUGCUACAUCUUGGCAGGACAAAUCAAAAUAGGACGUACAUGGUAAAUGGUAGGGAAUUGAAGAGUGUAGGUGAACAGAGGGAUCUGGGAAUAACUGUGCACAGUUCCCUGAAAGUGGAAUCUCAUGUAGAUAGGGUGGUAAAGAAAGCUUUUGGUGUGCUGGCCUUUAUAAAUCAGAGCAUUGAGUAUAGAAGUUGGGAUGUAAUGUUAAAAUUGUACAAGGCAUUGGUGAGGCCAAUUCUGGAGUAUGGUGUACAAUUUUGGUUGCCUAAUUAUAGGAAGGAUGUCAACAAAAUAGAGAGAGUACAGAGGAGAUUUACUAGAAUGUUGCCUGGGUUUCAGCAACUAAGUUACAGAGAAAGGUUGAACAAGUUAGGGCUUUAUUCUUUGGAGCGCAGAAGGUUAAGGGGGGACUUGAUAGAGGUUUUUUAAAUGAUGAGAGGGAUAGACAGAGUUGACGUGGAAAAGCUUUUCCCACUGAGAGUAGGGAAGAUUCAAACAAGGGGACAUGACAUGAGAAUUAAGGGACUGAAGUUUAGGGGUAACAUGAGGGGGAACUUCUUUACUCAGAGAGUGGUAGCUGUGUGGAAUGAGCUUCCAGUGAAGGUGGUGGAGGCAGGUUCGUUUUUAUCAUUUAAAAAUAAAUUGCAUAGUUAUAUGGAUGGGAAGGGAAUGGAGGGUUAUGGUCUGAGCGCAGGCAUAUGGGACUAGGGGAGAUUAUGUGUUCGGCACGGACUAGAAGGGUCGAGAUGGCCUGUUUCCGUGCUGUAAUUGUUAUAUGGUUAUAUGGUUAUGGUGUCAGACAUUUUAUUACAUGUUGGUUUCUGGGAAUGUGGUUUCACACGGCACACACCUCUAGCUUGCUGCUUGUAGGAUCAUUGUUGCAUUUUUUCUUUUGUGUUUCAAUUAACUGAAUUCAUUAUCGAUCCUGAUAACGAGUUGCAUUCACUCAAAUUGAUUUUCCCUCUGACAAUCCCUGCUAGUCCUUCAUUUAUUUUCCUUUUUCUUGAUUACUUUUCUUUCUCAUUCUCGCCUGCACUUCUAUUAAUUGAUGCAUCCAAUUACAAGGUGAAGGCAUUAUGCCGCAUUUGUAACUCGUGGCCUUCAAAUAGCCAGGAGGACGAGGAUGGAAAGAGGACAUCAGAACAUCCUCCCAAUGUCUCAUUGAUGUCUUACCUAAUAUUUGAAAAUGGGAUGACAGCCCACUGAACUGGGUCCUUAUCCUGCAAUAAAUGGUUUCUGACAUUCCCAACUAUCCCCCAACUAUUCCCAACUUCCGAAGAUAGACACAAAAUGCUGGAGUAACUCAGCGGGUCAGGCAGCAUCUCUGGAGAUAUAUGUGACUUUUCGGGUCCCUUAUCUGACACCCUUCUUCAGAUUUUGGGAUUUAUUGCACCUAAUUUGACCCUCCAUACAAAUGGAAUCAUCUUCCCUUUACUACCUGCGAUAUGAUCCACCUCACUCUUCCUAAUUCCAGAUGAAAGCAUCCCAAUUGCUAGCAUUCAUGAGGUCAUAAGGACAUAAGUGAUAGAAGCAGAAUUAGGCCAUUCUGCCCAUCGUCUACUCCGCCAUUUAAUCAUCGCUGAUUUAUCUUUCCCUCCUAACAUAGAAACAUAGACAAUAGGUGCAGGAGGAAGCCAUUUGGCCCUUUGACCCAGCACCGCCAUUCAUUGUGAUCAUGGCUCAUCGUCCCCAAUCAAUAACCCAUGCCUGCCUUCUCCCCAUAUCCCUUGAUUCCACUAGCCCCCUAGAGCUCUAUCUAACUCUCUCUUAAACCAUCCAGUGACUUGGCCUCCACUGCCCUCCGUGGCAGGGAAUUCUACAAAUUCACAACUCUCUGGGUGAAAAGUUUUUUCUCACCUCAGUCUUAAAUGGCUUCCCCUUUAUUCUAAGACUGUGGCCCCUGGUUCUGGAUUCGCCCAACAUUGGGAACAUUUAUCCUGCAUCUACUUGUCCAAUCCUUUUAUAAUUUCUAUAAGAAUCCCCCCUCAUCCUUCUAAACUUUAGUGAAUACCAGCCUAGUCUUUUCAAUCUUUCCUCAUAUGACAGUCCCGCCAUCCCAGGGAUCAAUCGCGUGAACCUACGCUGUACUGCUUCAAUCACAAGGAUAUUCUUCCUCAAAUUAGGAGAUCAAAACCGUACACAAUACUCCAGAUGUGGUCUCACCAGAGCCCUAUACAACCCCAUUCUCCUGCCUUCACCCCAUAACCCCUUGGUUUCAAGUUUAUUUAUGUGACUCUAGGGUGAAAGAGUCAAGGUACAUUGCAUCUUUAUCAUCUUUACAAGCUUUACCAAAGCAUUUUCACCACAUGGGCUGCAGCAGUUCAGUAUCUUUGUCAGAGAGGAGCACAUCCCUAGAAUUAAUUUUAAGGGACCACAGUACCACGGAGGAAAAGCAAAAAAAUAGUGAAUACAGCCACAAGGAAGUGCAGAUGCUGGUGUACAAAUAAAACCCACAAAGUGCUGGAACAAUUCAGCAUGUCAGGCAGCUUCUCUAGAGAACAUGGAUAGGUGACGUUUACAGGUUUACACGUUUCCUUUAUUGUCAUUCAGACCGAAGUCUGAACGAAAUUUCAUGCCUGCAGUCAUACAUACAUACAAUUU